AUUUCAAUUUAAAUAUUUGUAUGAGAAGGGAAAAAGUGGAGAAUGGUAAACAAAUAGGCAUCCUCGUACAGUCCACGUGUGAACGCGCGAUCUUGUGUUAUGGCCCCAUGGAGUGACCACAUAGUCUUCACCCUCCGCCUGCCGCGCACGUUAGAGCUGCGUCUUAAACAAACCCACGGCGCGUGCGCCGAUUCUUCUGGAUUCCACCUCCAUAUAUACCCCCGGGACCGCCCCUCUCCGCUCUCCAGAAAAAAAAAAAAACAGAACAACACCAGUACUGCACCUAUACAUACAACCAUUGUUAUAUAUACAUACAGGUGACUGCCCGUACACGCAGUGGGAGGUGUGAAAAUAUGUGUUUUCUGGGGUGCGAGGAGGAGGAGACCGAGUUAGGGCGGCAGGCGGCGCCGGGGACGUGCCCCUACUGCCGCGGAAAGGUGCAGGCGGUGGACGUCAGCAGCCGGUGGAGAUUCUGUUUUCUCCCCAUUUGCUUCAGAUUCAAGCGCAAGUAUUUGUGUAGUCUCUGUUCCAGGAAGCUCGUUCUGUACGAUACAUAGUCCUGGUUCGUUCUUCCUAGUUCCUACAGCUUCGUCCUCGGACUGGUAAUUGGGGUGGGUUGGCUUCGGGAUGCCGAGGUUGUAGCCGAUUGACUGUGUAAUUUUGGGGAACUAAUUCCAUGUUUGCGUUGAGUGCUGUUUCUCCGACUGGUGUAUGUAUAGUGUACGUAUGUGUUGUGUACUUCUACAUUGUAUGUAUGUAUAUCAAUUUUGAUUAUUUCUUCGUGA